GCAAGUCACUUAUCCACACCUCAUGGCAACCACACCCACUCCCAUUUCUGCUGCAGCAAACAUCUCAUUUCACUCCAGAUUCAACCCACUUUCACCACCCUCAUCUUCUUCAUUCGCCCUCAAAUGCAACAAAAUCAAUGGUAUUACUGCAACCAAUACAAAAAGCUUGAAAACCAGUAAAAAUGGUGUCAGUAGAGUCCUCCUAUUAGAUAGAUUUGAUCAACCUGACAUCAAGAAACAAGAAAGCAUGAAAAACAUCAACCAGCUUGAAUCCGAGAUUGCUGGACUUCAGAAACAACUGUUAGAAGCAAAAACAAUGAUGGAUGAAGCUCAGAUUGGUGAGACUGAAAGAAAUACUAUGGAAGAGAAGUUGGAAUCUGUUAAAGCUGCAUCCAUUUCAGCCAUUGUUGGCACCUUAGCAAGCUUGCCAUUUGCCUUAAGUCAUGUUACUAACAUGUAUGAUCUAACAGUUUCAUCUGCAAUCUUCAUAAUCACUUGUGCUUUGUAUGGUGCUACUUAUCGUUAUAUUAUUCGAAGAGAUUUGGAUGAUGCUCAUCUUAAAACUGGAACUUCUGCGGCUUUUGGCAUUGUUAAAGGAGUUGCUACACUGGAUGGGCAGUCAUCUUUGGAUGCUUUCGGUGGUGCAAUUUGUGUUUCUGAGAAUGUUAUAAUCUUUUUUAUAGCUGCUGCUGGUCUAGAUAUCUGUUACAAGACGGGGAUUUUAAGUCCAUUUCCUCUUGAAACAAGAACAAAAUUGUAAAAAUACAAAUUUGUUUAUACCAGAAACCAUAUUGGC